AUGUCACACCGCACAAACGUGCGGCUUGCGGAGAAGAAGAAGAAGGUGAUUGUUGGAGAGAAGAGAUCGGGGAUGGGAAUAAUAAAGAGCUGCUUCUCCUUCAUGACGGGUACAGCUUUCGGCGUUUACUUGGCCCAGAACUACAACGUCCCCAAUAUUCGGAAGCUCACUAAUACCAGUCUAGUCGUCGCCAAGCACAUCGAGGAGAAUUAUCGCAAGCCCAAAAAAGACGACGCCGAAUGA